AAUAAAUCAAUCAGCUGUUGUUUUGAUUAUCUUAUUAAUUUUAAUUGUGUAUACUUAUAAUUACCACUUGACAAAAUAUUAAAGGGUUCCUGAAAGGAAUAUUUGAGUAAUUCCAGACAUGGAUUAUGGCUGAUUCAGUACAUGUGUUUACUCAAGUUGUUUGAUGGAUACGGUAAAAUUUCCUUGCUUAUGUCAGCUGCUGCAAGUAUGGAAGAAGGCCUUGUAGCGUCAACGAGCAACAAUAAUGGAAGUGAAAUCAGGGAGAUGUCUGAUCAGUUGGAGGAGGCAAUCAUCGCCAAUGAUACAGAGAAGUUAAGACAACUUUUACAGUCAGCUUUAAAUAUUAACGUAGCGCUAAGUAACAAAAAAGAGUCGGCCUUGAUUUUGGCGAUCAAGCUGACCAAGGUAGACAUAGUUAAAUUGUUGUUAGAUAGCGGUUUAUGCGAUAUAAAUAGACACAACGUAAAUCAGUAUUCGCCAUUAGAUGUUGCCUUGAUAACCACCUUUGAUAAUCGCCUCGAACCACGUCACUCGGCAUGUUGGAAGAUCGUUUCUCUGUUAUUAGAAUACGGUGCCGAGCCGUCGUCAAGGGAUGCGAUGAUGUAUGUUGUUCGUACGUCAUUAAAGUACAUCGAUGAUCAAUUUAUUAACCAAUUAAUUGAUUUCUUUUUACUCGGCACGUACUCCCCUAUGGCUCAUGAACUUUUACUAACUAAACUGCAUAGAUCUCAGCCUAUCUAUGAAGGCAUCAUUGAUCACUUUUUGGUCAAGAUCUCCUUACUAACCAUCAAAAUUAUCAAACAAGCUACCACGGCAACUUUAUCUCAAAUUGUUACUACUUUCGUGUAUUAUAUUGACUCACAUUGGAAUUCUAAAGAGCUGGAGAUCAAGACGGUAAGGCAUUUGGUUCUUUAUUCUUCUGCUGCAGGAUUCAAAUGGAGGAAUUCGGACAUAACUCUAGUUAAAAGAGUAUCGGAAAAACUUGCGUUGAUGUGCCAAAAGCAGGCUGUACAUGUUCCAUCCUUACAGCAUAUCUGCCGUAUGAAAGUUCGAGGUUGCGUGAAAAAAUCUGUUUUUGAUGUCACCAAUAAACUAACUCUGCCAAAUUCCAUUAAACAGUAUCUUUUAUUGGAUGAUAUUGAUAAAUUAAAGGACGUUAUUAACAAUGUCAUUUUCUGAAUCGGUGGUAAAAUAUCAGAAAACUCUAUCACAAAUUUACACCUUACACACCUCACAGGUUGUAUGCACUGCUUUUGCUUUAGCUGAAGUCAUAAAUACAAAAAGUUGUGGAGAGAGGGGGGGGGGGGCUGAAUGGCUAGCGCGAUUGUGCUCUAUCACAAGGUCUGUCAUUGAGUCAACUUUCGUGGUUUCAGUUUCGAUUCCCCAGUUGUACGUGACAAGGAGUAGGGUCGCCUGUCCAACCUCGUGGGUUUUCUCCUGGUUCUCCAGUUUCCUCCUACUGCUAAAGACAUAUUAUUGAAAUAAAAUUGAACCAUAUGUUAGUCCCAAAAUGACCUAGUGUGUUUUGAGUGGAUGUUCAACUCUCUCUCUCUCUCUCUCUCUCUCUCUC